AUGAUGAUAUUAACUGAACAUUCCAAUAUGAACGUAAUUUCUUCGAAAUUCAGUGCAUAUCGUAUACUUUUGAUAUAUCAUAUCGACGAAGAUGGUCACUAUAAUGGAAGUUACUAUGAUAAAUUCUUCGAAUAUACUGCAUGUGUUGAUGGCGAAACAUUACAGACGUUACUUAAUGAAUGUUAUGUUACAUUGAUUGAAGCCAUUGAAGAUCCAAAUAAUGUACCAUUUGAUAUGAACAAUAUAAAAGAAUCAGUAAUAUUUGACUGUAUUCAAUGCCAGAGCGAUGAAGAAAUUGAAAAAGCACAUAGUAUGAAACAAGAUGGAGCUACAUUUGAAAAUAUCAAUGAAGAAAUACAAAGAAUGCGAAUGCAUAAUAAUGAUCAACAAUGA